GUGGGGUUUUCUCUCUAUUUUCUUCAUUGAUUAAAAAACAGAAUGAUUCUAUCCUCUACACUGCAGUUGUAGGCGGGUAUUAAAAGCUGUGAGCGGCGGAGUUUCGUCACAUAACGGUAUUCUCUCUCCGUGGUGAUCGGAGAUGCAAAUCAAGCACGUGGUUAGGGUUGCGUUCACCGAUUGUGCAUGAUAAAGAGAGUUGGCAGCCUCUUCUGGCAGUGUUGACUGUUUUCAUUGGAAUCGAGGAAAUGGAUUUUACUAUAUAUCUGGCGACCAGGGAGUAGAUUGCUGGGUGUACAUUUAUGGACUCGGGUUAAUAUACAUGUGUGUAUGUUUCAGUGUUGUUGUUUUCUUGGUGUCACAACGCCAGCGUAAUGGAUAUACAGCUAUCGGUUCUGUUGGUGUUUAUUUCCUGUCUGAUUGACAAAGCACUGGCUAUAGACUGCUACGUGUGCACGUCGGUGGACGAAGACAACAAGGCGUGCAUCGACCCGUUCGACCUGGGUCUGGACACGUACCACUUGAUAGAACGCAACUGCAUGUACGGCUACUUCAGGGGCACGCACUGUAUCAAGCUGACCGGACAAAGAGAAGACGGAAGCAAACUGCUGGUACGACUGUGUAGUGAUCGAGACUGGGGGCGCCACUGCGGCGACAUCCGCUACGAAUACGGGACUGUCAACGAGAAAAUGUAUGGCUGCUUGGAAACAUGUGACGAAGACGGUUGUAAUGGCACUGCCGUCGUGAACCUCUCCUUUUCAUUGGUGAUCGCAAUGACCGUUUUAUGGCACGUGAUGUGUCGGUGAUCACGUGGAUGGAUGCCGGUGAAGACCCAAUUUGCAUCCUCAUCAACGAACUAGUACGAAGCGACGCACUUACCAUUCGGAGACAAGAAAUACUAUUUACAAAUGCUAUUAAUUCUUCUGUGAUCUUCUAAUAUUAACCCUUCAUAUCUGGCACUAUUGUUUGGUGCCUUGGCAACACGCGUGUGGUUCCAGAGCAAACACAGUUACGUUCAAUGGUUGUGAAUAAGAGAACACGUGCCUCCUUGGAGUAAUUCAUUUGUGUUUUGAAAUAUUAAUAAUAUGAUUUAUAAAUGUAUAGCAACUAUGCAUGUAUCGACGAUUUCAUUACCCACUGUAUUUAAUAUCCAAUGUUAUCACAUUUUAUGACCACAUUCUUGCGACAUGCAUAUUCAAAAUAUAUAUGUAUGGUUAUUAUAUAGUUUUAUUAUUGUUUAACACGCUUUUAAUUUUAUUUGAUAAUUAAAUUAAAUUUAAUUUAAUUAAAUUUAUUUUUUAAUUUAAUGUAAUUUAAUUUCAUUUGAUAUAUUCAAAUGUAAUCUAAUGCAAUCUAAUCUAAUUUGAUGUAGUCUAAUCUAAUCCAAGCUAAUAAAAUAUUAAAUUUCAUGUAUUAUUUAGCUGACUACAAUAUGACAUUAUCAACGAGUAAACAUAUGGACCGUGAAGUUAAAUUAAACGAAAUCAUUAAAGGGACAUUCUCGAGUUUGCUGCAUUGUAAGAUGUUUCCAAUUAAUAAAAUAUUUCUACGUUUAAACUUACCUAUUAGAUAUAUUUUUUUGUUUAGGAUAUCAGUGUCU